GGAUUACAAGUUAAUUAAUUUUAUAUAUUUUGUGAAUAGAUUUCUAUGAAAAUCGCCGGUCCGAGGCGUCUUGUGUCACCACCAUAUGUUAUUCCUGCAGCACGAAACUGCCGUAUAUACAACAAACAUAGCGUCCUCUCGCUAUGGGCUCAUCCCGCUUUGUAGACCUCCCCCAUUGUGUCCUGCGCAUCUCGUGGGUUACGUUUCCAAUAUAAUCCCCCCUGGGUAUUCAUCAUACUGCUCCUACUCGAGAUAUCUUCGUGAUGGCGGUGCCAGGGGCCCAGCCAAAUAGCAUACUGAACCAAAUCACAUCGACCGCAUCCAACAUUGUUUCGUACCUGCGUCUACCGGUGCUCGCAUCCUCUGGAAUCGCCGCUGUGCUCAGCGGAUUACUAUACUUUAAACAAAAUGAACUAAUCUAUCCUCGCAAUAUACCACUUGGAUCGCGCACCGAAGUGCCUCGCCCGCCCCAAUUCGGCAUCACAGACUUUGAAGAGCUCUCGAUACCCACGCCGGACGGGGAAUCCCUGAGCGCAUUCUUCAUCCGGCCAUCGAACCGCUCAUUCGCAAACAAUGUGACGCUCCUCAUGUUCCACGGGAACGCUGGCAACAUUGGGCACCGAUUGCCCAUCGCGCGGGUCCUCGAGGAAAGCAUUGGAUGCAAUGUGCUGAUGCUACAAUAUCGUGGAUACGGCUUAUCGACGGGCUCGCCCAGUGAGCAAGGACUGUUGAUCGAUGGCCAAACGGGACUCGACUAUCUACGCAAUCGCGCCGAGACGGCGAACUCAAAGAUUGUGAUCUACGGUCAGAGUCUGGGCGGGGCGCUCAGUAUUCAGCUCGCUGCGAAAAAUCACGCCGAGGGGGAUAUUGCAGGGCUCAUACUUGAGAAUACAUUUACUUCUAUGCGCAAGCUCAUUCCUAGUGCAUUUCCUCCAGCGCGCUACCUCGCGCGGCUCUGCCACCAAGUAUGGCCGAGCGAAACAUUUCUGCCAGAAAUUGAAAGUAUACCUAUUCUUUUCCUGAGCGGAUUACAAGACGAGAUUGUUCCUCCCUCACACAUGCGCCAUCUCUACACCAUAAGUCGCGCCAAGACGAAAAUCUGGAAAUCGUUCCCACAAGGCACCCACAACGAUACUGUUGCCGAGCGAGGCUAUUUUGACGCCAUCGCCGAAUUCAUUGAUGAGCAUGUCCUUCUGAACAGUCGUUCACGGCGUAGAUUUUCGCCCCGUCCAGCAAAUGCUUGACUUGACGGCUAAUGCAUGUGUGUAUCUAGCGUUUUUGUUAUGCCUCUUCAUUGUUGUCACUUUUCUUUUCAUAACAAUUGUCAUCAUCAUGCUUUUGCAGCAUCGUUAUCAUUCUAUGCACCAUUGUCCUUUUUGGACUUCUUUGUUCACAAAUGUCUAUACACUCCCCCUUUGAAUGAAAAGGAAAUAGAAAAUGGAAGAGGGAAUAGUGACUUUUCAGAAGCC